UUCAUGUUACAGGUUGUUCUGCCAAAGAGGGCCGACCCGACAGAGCUGAAAGCUGUCUUUGAAAAGUAUGCCAGCAUCAAGAAUAAUGAUGGCAGCUUCAUGUCGCCGGAGGACUUUGUGACCCAGUUCCUCUAUGCCCAUACAGACAUCAGGCUGUCAGAGGGGGCGACGACUCUGCUGGCCGGGGUGGUGGACCAGAAGAAAGAUGGGUUGAUCUCCUUCCAGGAGUUCCUGGCUUUCGAGUCUGUGCUGUGUGCCCCCGACGCCCUCUUCAUGGUGGCCUUCCUCUUGUUCGACAAAGCAGGAAUCGGGAUGACCACUUUUGAGGAUGUGAAGCAGGUCUUCAGUCAGACCACCAUCCACCAACACAUCCCCUUCAAUUGGGACUGUGAGUUCAUGCGCCUGCACUUUGGCAGCAGGCACAGCAGGCACCUGACCUACGGGGAAUUCACCCAGUUCCUCCUGGAGAUGCAGCGGGAGCACGCGCGGCAGGCCUUCGUGCAGCGGGACGGCGACCGCAGCGGCGCCAUCUCCGCCCUGGACUUCAGGGACAUCAUGGUCACCAUCCGGCCGCACAUGCUCACCCCCUUCGUGGAGAACUGCCUGGUGGCGGUGGCAGGGGGCACCACGUCCCACCAGGUGAGCUUCUCCUACUUCAACGGCUUCAAUUCACUGCUCAACAACAUGGAGCUGAUCAGGAAGGUCUACAGCACACUGGCCGGCCACCGCAAAAACCUGGAGGUCACCAAAGAGGAGUUUAUUGUGGCAGCUCAGAGGUUUGGUCAGGUGACACCGAUGGAGGUGGACAUCCUCUUCCAGCUAGCAGAUCUGUCUGAGCCCCGCGGGUAA